AUCCAUCCCCCCUCUCCCUCUCUCUCCUAGUCCUUCUCUUAUUUAUACCCGUUUUCUUCUUUUGUUGGUUUGAUCCGUGCGCCCAUUCGAACCUUUCUCUUCUUAUUCCUCUGGGUAGCUAAUAUCUUGGAUAUUCUUAUUUUCAAUACUCUGUAUCGUACCAAUCGCAAGAUUGGUUCGGAUCAUUUUGAUGUGGGUAGCUUAAAUUUUGAAUAUUUUUAUCGGUUUCUUAUCAGGUUCGGAUUUGUUUGAGAACUUAUCCGGAUCCUGCAUGACCUACCUUUCCUUUGCCUUUAUUCUUCACCUGGGUGCCUCCAAUUUUAAAUUUUCGUGCUGAUUAUUGCUGACUUUUGGUUAUUGGGAGGAUUUAUUUAAGUUCGUUUGUUGAAAUUUGGUAACUGGGUCUGUUUUAGUUGGGGGAUUUGAGGUCUGUCAAUGGGCGCUUUGGAAGAGGGGCACUUCGAUGAGGAGCUUGAGAAUGAAGUGAAACUGGGUUGCACGGAGCUGGGAUUUGAAGCAGAGCCGGAGACUAUAGACAUUGAGAAUGCUGUGAAAGUUCUGUUGCGGGGUUUAGGGGAGGAUGUUAACAGGGAAGGUCUGAGGAAGACCCCUCUUCGAGUCGCCAAGGCCCUUCGAGAAGGAACCAGAGGUUAUCGACAAAAGGUGAACGAAAUUGUCCAAGGUGCUUUAUUCCCUGAAGCUGGUCUGGAUAGCGGAGUUGGUCAUGCUGGAGGUGUAGGUGGACUUGUGAUUGUUCGAGAUCUUGACCUCUUCUCAUACUGUGAGUCAUGCUUGCUUCCAUUUCAGGUGAAGUGUCAUGUGGGUUACGUCCCUUCUGGUCAACGAGUUGUUGGCUUAAGUAAGCUUUCCCGAGUAGCUGAUGUAUUUGGAAAACGCCUCCAAGACCCACAGCGUCUGGCAAAUGAAAUUUGUUCAGCAUUGCACCAUGCCAUCAAACCAGCAGGCGUUGCUGUCAUUCUCCAAUGUUUGCACAUCCAUUUCCCUAACAUGGAAUAUGUGUUUCUUGAGUCCAAUCACCAAGGAUGGGUAACGGUUCAGGUUUGUUCAGGUUCAGGGGUUUUUGAAAAUGAGUGUGCAGAAAUUUGGGGUGAUUUUUUUAGUCUUCUGAAAUAUCGAGGCAUAGAUAUGAAGAAAGAUCAUAGAAGAGAUUCACACGAUCAAUGUUGGUGUCCAUCACAAUCUUCCUCGGGUGAGAAAACUUCCUCUGACAAUGGACCAGCCAAUCCAGUCAUGGUUACCGCCGUAGCUUCAAUUCUCAGGUCUCUGGGCGAGGAUCCACUGAGGAAAGAGCUUUUAGCAACUCCUUGUCGUUUUGUGAAGUGGUUAGUGAACUUCCAAAAUAGUAAUUUGGAGAUGAAGCAGAACGGCUUUGCUGGUGGUAGGAUGGAUCUUCGGACACCCCAUGGAGAAGUCACCCGGUAUGAAAAGCAGAUCCAUUCUGAACUGAAUUUGUCGUUUUGGUCUCAGUGUGAGCAUCAUUUACUUCCUUUUCAUGGUGUGGUGCAUAUAGGAUACCUCAGUACCGAAGGAUUCAAUCCCAUUGCAAAAUCCCGGUUACAGUCGAUAGUACAUUUUUAUGGUUUCAAACUCCAAGUACAGGAAAGACUCACCAGGCAAAUUGCAGAGAGCGUUGCAUUGCUGUUAGGUGGAGAUGUAAUGGUAGUUGUGGAGGCCAACCACACCUGUAUGAUAUCUAGAGGGGUUGAGAAGUUUGGAAGUAGUACGGCUACAAUUGCAGAAAUGGGCCUAUUUUCAACUGAUCCUGCUGCAAGGGCUAUAUUUUUGCAGAGCAUUCCAAACACUUCUACUGUAGGAUGAUGAUUCUUCCUGUCAUUCCUUUGCCUUUGUGGUGAAGAUAUGACAGGGAUAAGUAGCUGUGUUGAAUCUUCUCAGAGACUUGAAGACAAGUUUUGUCUUGCUCAAGUUUUGUGUCAGUGGUGCAGAGAAUUUGCACUUGAACGGAAAUACUAUGAUUGAGUAUCUUAGAAUAAGAAUUUUAUGCUUGUAGCAUAAACCCUCCGGAAGAGAAAUUUCCAGGGCAUGCUAUUGUUUCCAUACUGAUUUUUUGAACAAAUCUUCCCAGCAAACCCUCGAACGAAACCAGUUUAGCGGAUUAGGUUAUUAAGCUCUCACUCUGUUACUGCUA